CACCGGGAAAGCAAGGGUCUCCUGAGAAGGUGAGUGCAGUGGUUAUGGUGGUUAUGGUUAGUACAGUGUCUCCCAGUAUCAGACAAGGAGUCCCCCAUGCCUUAAAUUGACCAAUUUAUGUUUAUGUCCUGAUUUCAGCUCUUUGGUGACAGCUCCCAUCACUCUCAGCCACCCAGCAGCUGAUUUCAGGUAUGUUAGAGCUGCAGUCCGGCCACACUGGGAUGUUAUGUUGUAAUGGGUGUGGGUUCAGUCUGUAAACACACUGACACACAGAUUACAUUUCAGAGCUCCAUGCUGAUCACUGUCUGUGGUUUGGAGUGGACCUUGCUGGGUCCCUCUCUGUGAAUGAUUAACCGCGGAUAAUGAGACUCACAGUCACAGAAACUUUCACAAUCUGUUUUUCAAAACUUUCACAAUCUGAAUUUCAAAAUUGACCUAAAGAAUAAUGCCUAAUAGGGCACUAUAACUGAAACAAAACCAGUAAAAAAAAAAAAAGUUACUGUAACCCUUUAAAUAGAACAUUGAAAUUUCACACUCAACCAAAAUGUAUCAAAGGACAAAGCAAUGGCUGCUUUGUCUAAUGUGCACUGCGAUGUUUAGUAAAAUGGGGAUAGUCCAUCAGUGAUCACUUUUACCUCCCAUAUAUUGUUGUUUCCCAUCAGCCGUCCCUCCAAAGGGCUCAUGAGAGCACGCAUCUUCUCACACACUGACCUAUUGAUGGCCAUGGCAUCUCACAAAAAGAUCUAUCGAGCAUCCUGAGGGAUCUGCCAUGGAAACCUGUUUUGCAAACACCCAUUCAUGAAUAUACCAUUAAUUAAUCUGUAUUCCUUACACUAUAGCUCUUUCUGUCUACCUCCUCCCUCGCAACAAAAGGGGUAAUGAUCCCUUUCUGUACUCACCCAAUUCCAGCGCCAUUGUUCCUUGGCAUUGGGUUUGCACUCCGACUCUUCCUAUUUUACCCGAGGAGGUGGGGGGAAUGCACCACAAGCACCUUAGGCCCUCCCCAUAGGAAAGCAUUGCUUCAAUGCUUUCCCAGUGGGAUUUAAAGGACCACUAUAGUGCCAGGAAAACAUACUCGUUUUCCUGGCACUAUAGUGCCCUGAGGGUGCCCCCACCCUCAGGGUCCCCCUCCCACCCGGCUCUGGAAAGGGGAAAGGGGUUAAAACUUACCUUUUUCCAGCGCUGGGCGGGGAGCUCUCCUCCUCCGAUCCUCCUCUUCUCCUCCCUGUCGGCUGAAUGCGCACACGCGGCAAGAGCUGCGUGCGCAUUCAGCCGGUCACAUACGAAAGCAUUCAUAUGGACGCUGGCGUGCUCUCACUGUGAAAAUCACAGUGAGAACAUGCAAGCUCCUCUAGCGGCUGUCAAUGAGACAGCCGCUAGAGGAAAUAGGGGAAGGCUUAACCCAUUCAUAAACAUCUCUGAAACUGCUAUGUUUAUGAAAAAAUGGGUUAACCCUAGCGGGACCUGGAACCCAGACCACUUCAUUAAGCUGAAGUGGUCUGGGUGCCUAGAGUGGUCCUUUAACUGAUGCAAGAUGUCCAACGUCUGCUACCAAAAGAAGUCUAGCAAGCAGGAAGUGUCUCUAGUGGCUCUUUGUCCUGCAAUGUAAUUGGUGCAGUUUCUCAGAAACUGUAAUAAUUAACAUUGUAGGGUCACUGCACUCAGACCAUUUCAAUGAGCUGAAAUGGUUUGGAUCCUAUAGUGCCCCUUUAUUAAAUAACUUUUGUUUCUGUUUAUGAGGCCCUAAUCUCCAUGGGGUAAAAAGGUUAUGUUUUCAGUAUGUUUCAUUUAGAAGUUGAUUGAAAUUUAGUCACAUACAGGAGGCUGAUGUAUGUUUAGCAGGCAAAUAACAGAAGGAGAUAAAAUGUAAAUUAAAUACACUGUGCAAAAAAGUUUAUAAAUUAGAUCUCUCUUUCAGGAAGUGUGUAGGGAGCCGGUGUGAGUCACAGCCAAGGUAGGCGUGGAUAUGCUGGGUAAACAGAGUGGUGUAACUACUAAAUUGCAGGCAAUAGAGCAGUGAGACUGCAGGGGCAUUCUCUCUGUGCCCAAACUACUUAAUUAAGCUAAAGUUGUUUUGGUGCACAGAGUGUCUCUUUAAUAAUAUGUGAAUUCAGUAUGAUCAAAAUAGAGCAUAACCGAUCAAAACAGCAUACAUCAGCGCCCCUCUUGACUAGUGUCUCUGACUGCCUCUCUACUAUUUGUAACUGGAUGGCUGCCCACUUCCUUAAACUCAACUUGUCCAAAACUGAACUUCUGGUCUUUCCACCCUCAAGUGUUGCUACUCCUGUGUCGGUCUCCCUCCAAGUCAACAGCGCUACCAUCAGCUCCACCACGCAGGCUCGCUGCCUAGGUGUUCUCCUUGACUCCAACCUCUCCUUCACCCCUCAUGUUUAAUCUAUCGCCAAAUCCUUCCGCUUCCACCUCAAAAACAUUGCGCGCAUCGGCCCCUACUUAACGAUAGAUGCGGCUAAGGUGCUGGUCUAUGCCACUGUCCUCUCUCGCCUUGACUACUGCCAUCUGCUUCUCCAUGGUAUUACAUGCUCCCAACUUGCGCCGUUACAGUCUAUAAUGAAUGCGGCAGCGAGGCUCAUCUUCUUAUCCGCCCGCAUCUCCCACGCCUCACCCCUCUGUCAGUCCAUACAUUGGCUUCCCGUGAAAUAUAGGACUCAAUUUAAAAUUCUGGUUCUUGCUUUCAAAUCUCUACAGAAUGCUGCUCCCACCUAUCUUUCCUUCCUAAUACACGAGUAUGUCCCGUGUAGGCCCUUACAUUUUGCCGAAGACUUGCGUUUAUCUUCUGUUCGGACUCCCACCUCUGAUGCUUGCCUUCAAGACUUUUGUAGGGCUGCAUUUCCUGUGGAACUCCCUUCCCUUUUUCACCCAGUCUCCACUCCUUCAAAAAAUCAUUAAAAAAUCAUUUUUUCACAAAAGCAUAUCAAUUAAACUGUUAAUGGCUCCCAACUGAUUCCUCCCCUGCAACGGUCAUUACUCUUCUAAUACUAUCCUUACUUUUUGUGUCACUUUACCCCACUCCCUCUAGCAUGUAAGCUCAUUGAGCAGGGCCCUCUGUUCUGGUGCAUUUAACUUGUCUGGUUACAAUUACAUGUUUGUUAGUCCACCCACUAUAAAGCGCUACAGAAUGUGUUGGUGCUAUAUUAAUAAUUUAGGUGAAUUAAAUAUAUAGACUCCAAACUUAUUGUAUUGUAUAUGCUGAAAUAUAGUAAGUGAGUUUCCUUUUCUAAUGUUUACAGGGAAUUUCUCUACCUGCUUCUGGAGAUUAUCUGUCAUUCACUGACUGACUACUGCUAUAGGUACCUUGCAGCCAAAUUAUCUGAAUAAGGAAAGUGAUUUGCAGAGCUAGAGCAUAUCGUCAGAAAAAAAGUCUUCAUCAGGUAAUACUGCAUGGGUGAUAAUUGGCAGCAAGACAGAAUUAAGAUUGCUGCCACCACUGAAAUCCUAUGGAAGAUAUUUAAUUUCACAUCAACACUUUCCUGUCUAUGAAAUCACUUAAAGGAACACUAUAGUCAACUGAGCCACUACAGCUUAAUGUUGUUGUUCAGGUAUUUAUAGCAUGUCCCUGCAGGCUUUUCAAUGUCAACGCUGCCUUUUCAGCGAAAAGGCAGUGUUUACUUUACUGCCUAGGAACACCUCUGGUAGCAGUCUCUCAGACGCCCACUUGAGGUGCUUCCUUGCUCGGUGCUCUGCAUGGAGACGCUGAACGCACCCCAUAGAGAUGCACGGAUUCAAGAGGCGCUGAUUGGCGCAGCAAGGCAUUUUGCCACGCAGGACUCUCAGUAUUACAUUGUCUGAGAUCAUCAAGGUUGAUGAUCUCAGCCAUGGAAGCGUAGCCAGCCACGGCGAGGGAUAAAAAAAAAUCUAAAAGCCUUUAAGAGAUCCCUCUCUACAUAUCUCAAAACAGAAUGCAUCUGUCAUGGUUGGUUAUAUAUUUCUUACCUGCUCGAUGUUAAAUUUUGUGUAUAUGUUGUUUGUGCCCCUCUGUUUUUGUAUUGUAUUGUACUCUAUUCUAAUGAUACAAUGUUUUGUGGACUCAGGACAUACUUGAAAACGAGAGAAAUCUCAAUGUAUCCAUUCUAGUUAAAUAUUUUAUAAAUAAAUCACCUUUUCAUUGCAAUCUGUGGGGGCUUAGGAUAUAAACAGUUACUCCAUGACUAUAGUGUUAUGAACACAGGUUUGUAUUCCUAACACUAUAGUGUUCCUUCAAUACAUCAUCUUUGCUGACUAUAAAGAUGAUGUGGGAUUGAAUGCUGGUGCUGCUUUUUAAUGUCUCCGGAGUAAAGUAUUUUGACACUAAAUAGAUCACUUUUUUUUAUUUUUUUAUUAUUCUUUAUUUUUAUUGUGCAUGUGGUUACAUAUAGACUUGCGAUACCACAACAGUAUUGGCAAGCAAUUCAGGUUACAGGUUAGAUAUAGCUUUGACAUGGUAUAUGAAGUAACUGCACAAUUUUUAAAAGUAAAAUCAAGCUGAACAUUAAACAGAAUGGUAAAUCUAUCAGUAUGGAUACAAGUAACAACAGUCUGGAUACACGAACUGGCAGUGCUUCAGUAUUAUAAAACAUACUUAAUGACAGGCUAUACAUGUUUAACUGAACACAGGCUGUGAACCAAGGAGUUUUCAGGCAGGACAUCAAACACUGGGAUAUUGCCAGGUGCAGGUGAGUAGAAAGUAUGGCUGAUAAAUCGUUUAUGGCUGUGCUAGUAGGUAGAUCAUCAAUACAAAUUGCUAAUUAGUAGGUGCAGCCUAAGUGUAAGCCAUACAGGGAUUUAUGCAUCGUAGUGUUUGGCAGACACACAUUUAGUAAUAGCACACUAGAGUGGUUGUGGAUUCUGGUUAUAUUCUCCAGAUUUUGAGCUGCAGUGUAAUAGGAGUGACAAGGUAGUAAAAACCAAGUAAUAAACUAAUGUAUCAGGAAUGUGCAUUGGUGCAUGCAAUGGGAUAAACAGCAAAGUAGAAUACAAUGCUCGUAGGAGAUUCAGAGUUGCUGGUUAUAAUUCGGGUAAGGUAAGUGAUGUGCUGUAGAGUACCCAAAAACCUGUAAAACUCAAAGGGGCAGCAAGCAUUGAUUUCCCCUACAAAUGCAAUGCUUAAAGGGUGGGUUGGAUGGCCACACCGUUCAGCCGAUACCGUCUGUGGGUAUACCACAGGUCUUUGAGCCUCGAGGUGAGUCGGAGGGCCAUGCCAUAUUCCACAAUCAGGAUUUCCCUCAGUAUCUCUGGCAGGUCUGGGAUCCCAGUGCUAGAUUGUAGCUGUGUGCGCUGUUCGUGUUGAUAGUGAUGAACGCUUUCUGCUCCGGGAGUGUUGUUUGCUUCUUUCCCUUUGGACGUGCGCCAGGGCUGACUGUGUGUGAGUGCUGUGGGUGGUCUGGGCUGGAUCCCUGAGAGUUUUCGCCGGUGCCUCCAUGGGGUACUCAAUAUCCGAGGCUGAGAGAUAUGUGUGGACGUACUCACCCUCGUGAACAGAGUUCCAGGUAAGGGUCGGCUGGUAGCAGGACGGCGUUUUCUGUGUCGGGAGGGAUCCACGAUUGCCCAUAUCUGUGUCUGUUCAGCAAGCUUCGCCCAGAAUUGUGCCCGUGGAUAUGUGAUCCACAUGGGGGGGCCCAGAGAUCAGGUGUCCGUGUGGUGGCCAUCAUUGCUGCGAGCAUUCGUGUCCGUAGAUUCAGAUGCUUGGUAUUGAUUAUCACCCCGCACCAGGUUGUUCAUAGGCAGGUACUCCGUGGGGACCGGGAUAACCCCCACUGGCCCAGAGGGGGGAGAAGCGUGGCCCAAAUUGUCGUCGAUAUGUAAACUAGGCGGGAGACCGGACUGGCUCUUCGCUUCAGGUUAGUUAGCAGGCCGCAAGAGUUGUCAGGUCCCACAAAUCUCUCAGCAGAGUCAUAGAGUUCGGUCCAGGUGGUGCCCAGGUGAACUCAGGCUUCAGAUUCAGCUGGUAAUUUGUGAAAAUUGGCAGGUUACGGGCCAAUUUCUCCGUUUUUGCAGAGGAGUUUUUUCAGCAAGCAUCCUGCACGCGCUGUAGUCAGGCCCCGCCCCCCAGUAAAUAAAUUUUAAUGCCUGUAUGUAUUGUUUUGUGGUUUAUUUUCUCUCCCAGAAGGAGCCAUAUGACCCUAUGGAUGGAAAACGAACAUUUCUUAUUGCUACAGUUCUUUCAGUGCAAGAUUCCAGCUUUACAUAUCCUGCUUGUCACAACUGCUUCUCCCGGGUGAUCCACACUCACAGCAGGUAACCAAGAGAGAUUAAACUAGAUUUCUUUUCUUUAGUUAUGAUCCAUUGUUGAAGGUGAUUGUAUUCUCUUAACAGGUACAACUGCCCCAGAUGUGGCUACAGUAGCAAAGAAACCAGUCACCGUUAUAAACUGUGCUUGAAGGUCGCAGAGGGCCACAAACUUCAUAAUAUCACUGCGUUUGGAAGAUGCCUGGAUCACAUAUUUGGAAUCAGUGCCAAUUCUUUGCAGCAGUAAGAUUUUUUUUUUUUUUUUCUUGCAACAGACAACACCAGUUUUUGCCAUUUUCAGAAUCAAAAAUGUAUUUUUUUUUUUUUAAUUUUAUUUUGCGAUUUAAAAUAGUUAUGUUGAAAAUAAUUUACACUAUUUUUUUUUAUUAUUUUGAGGUUGCUGAUGUGUUUUUUUUUUUUUUUGUUCUCAAGACAUAUCCAGAAUUUUCCCAAACAUAGACUGUGACGGCAGAUAAGAACCAUUCGGCCCAUCUAGUCUGCCCAAUUUUCUAAAUACUUUCAUUAGUCCCUGGCCUUUUCUUAUAGUUAGGAUAGCCUUAUGCCUAUCCCACGCAUGCUUAAACUCCUUUACUGUGUAAACCUCUACCACUUCAGCUGGAAGGCUAUUCCAUGCAUCCACUACCCUCUCAGUAAAGUAAUACUUCCUGAUAUUAUUUUUAAACCUUUGCCCUCUAAUUUAAGACUAUGUCCUCUUGUUGUGGUAGUUUUUCUUCUUUUAAAUAUAGUCUCCUCCUUUACUGUGUUGAUUCCCUUUAUGUAUUUAAAUGUUUCUAUCAUAUCCCCCCUGUCUCGUCUUUCCUCCAAGCUAUACAUGUUAAGAUCCUUUAACCUUUCCUGGUAAGUUUUAUCCCGCAAUCCAUGAACCAGUUUAGUAGCCCUUCUCUGAACCCUCUCUAAGGUAUCAAUAUCCUUCUGAAGAUACGGUCUCCAGUACUGUGUACAAUACUCCAAGUGAGGUCUCACCAGUGUUCUGUACAAUGGCAUGAGCACUUCCCUCUUUCUACUGCUAAUACCUCUCCCUAUACAACCAAGCAUUCUGCUAGCAUUUCCUGCUGCUCUAUUACAUUGUCUGCCUACCUUUAGUACUCAAAUGUACUUUACCCCAUGUGAAACAUUCUCCUUUUCUCUAUUUAUAUAAUUUUAUAAGUAAAUGAAUGUUCUGUGCAGCACUGACCCAGGAAGCCCCUCUAGUAGCCAUUUGAGUGACUGCCACUGGAGGUGUCCCUAGGCAGUAACAAUGGAACACUGCCUUUUCUAUGAAAAAGCAGUGUUUACAUGAAAAUGCCUGUAGGGACUGACUAUACUCACCAGAACAACUAUGAUAAACUGUAAAUUUGUAAACUUUUAAUUUGUAAAAGUGUCUCUUCAAACAUAAAGCAUUUUAUAUACAAGCUGAAGUGCUUCAUGGAUCUAGAAUGUCCAUUUAAGUCAAUAGUCUGUCUGUUCCUUUUGCUGCUGUUUCUCCAAAAUACACAAAUUUGUAUCCAUAUACAUACACACAUUAAAAAAUAGUAAACAAAAGAAAAAAAGUUUUAGCGUUUUUCCAGUGCUGAAUCUCCCUUGGUGCUGCUGUGCCCUCUGCCUACACCCGAAGUGAUUGUGGUGGUAUCUCCGCCGCAAUAAAUGUCCAUAACGCUCCUCCUAAAGAACAGUGGGGAUUAGGUGUGCAUGCUUUGCUGUCAGCUGCAUAUGGUCACAUGACAGCGUUUCAUUGCCGUAUUUACACAAUGUCAAUGUUUUACACUGCAGGGUUUACUGCACCCAUUGAGAUGAAGUGGUCUGAGUGCAUUUAGUGGUCCUUUAAAUGGAAGACAAAUAAACUGCUCGUUUAAUGAAGACCAUUAAACUGCUCGUCUCUUCUAUAGGCAUCUGGAGGAUUCGAUCCAGAUAUCAAGCAAGCUGGAAAGUGACCGUGCCCCGGAUUUAUUCUAUAAAGCGGUGGAAUAUUGUUUCAUUGGCAGGAGUUUUCUGUUUGGGGUGAAGGUUCGAUUAUUUUUAUUAUUAUUUUUAAUUGUGGUUAGGGGCUACAGUUUAUAUGCUAGUCUACCAUAGGUUUUAAACAUGUUAACAAAGGCAUGUUCUUCAAAAAGAAAUUACUCAUAUUCUUAUGGUGUUUAUUUGUUAACACAAACCUGCAGCCAGGAAUAUUACUCCCACUAAUGAUUCUCUAAUCGUUUUGAAAUGGUUCCAAAACAACCAAGUACCUGUGACAGCUCUAUGUGGGCUAUUCCUGGACCCCCUCACUGGUGGGAAUGGGAAUCUGAGUGCCCCUGGCUAUUGCUGAUUUCCUAACAAUUGAGACAGUCCAGCAAUAGACCAAGAUUGGCUCCCAGGCUCUGUGGUCACCCUGGGAGCCAAUCACAGAGAUCAUAUGCUUUAGGUAAUGUAAUGCAAUCACUGAUUGGCUCUCACAGCAACAACUAAGCCUAAAGUCACAGACUAGGGUUAGGGUUGUAUAAUUAAAUAUAGUAUCUCAAAUAUCAAGCAGCACAUGCCGACUCCUACCACCAUGACCACUUCCACUUUUAGAAGGUGGUUGGAGUAACCCUUAACUUCAGCCAGUAGCUUCAUUGAUGGUUUUUCUUCAGAAAAACUCGUUUAUUGCAACUCUAAGAAGGAUUUACUAUUAAGCUAAAUGCUGCAUGGUGUAGUAUUGCUUUAUUUGUUGUUGGGUGGUUUUUUUUGGACUGUUUUACUGUAUUAAGGCAUACUCACUGUAAUGUAUAGAAAAAUCAGUUUUGGUCAUUGAGUCCACUUUUAAAUUCCACAUGAUAUGUUAUUGCAAAAAGACAGUUUUAUGAGAUAAACAUUCUAUUUUAGAAUUUGUCCUAUUUAGUUUAAAGGAAUAGUAAUUCUGAGUAGAUUAUUUUGCUUCAUAUGUAUUCCAUAAUUAAGUAAACAGAGCUGAAAAUAGAGUGUGAUUCCUACUUCGCAGGCAUCGGUGUUGUAUAUUGUAUUCAGAUUCUCUUGUGUUCAGGUGUAUUAGAAAAUAUGAAGUUUACAAAUGUGAUUUGGGAUGGUGUGGGUGCUGUCCCCACAACAUCUGAGCAGAUCCAUAGACAUCUGAUGUAAUUCAAGCUCAGGUGGGAGCAUGGAGUUAAACUUCUGCAUCUUUUGCCGUAUCAAUGAAUGACUGAAUUGUACAGCCGCAUCUUCUAUAAUACCGUACAGAUAUGAAAUUAAUUAAUUUUUCUGGAUGAUUGCUUAGGGAGGGCCUGAAAAUAUGUAUUUCUGUUGUAUUGUGAUCACCAAGGUAAUGAUCUUGUCUCCAGAUAUCAUAUAUCUUCUUGAAAGCUGUUUCGCCUGGAUCACUCGUAGUCAUCUUGUGACGUCUGCUGUAUCAUUGUGGUCAGCAAGUGAUAUAGUAGUUUAAAAUCAUAUACUUUACAGAUCUUUUCUUUUUUUUCCUCAUUAUUUUAUCUAAAAUAAACAAAAAAAACAUUAAAGGGUUACUCCAACCAAAAACCAUAAAAUGCUAAUUUUGGUUAGGGUAACACUUUCUUAGAUGGUCUGUUACCACCCCAAAAUAAAUAUAAAAAAUAAAUAAAUGCUAUAACUCACAUCUAUUCUAUCGCCAAGUCUAAUUUCCCUAUGCAGCCCGCUCCUCCAAACCUACAUGCUCCUUUUUGCUAGAGGGGCAGGUAGGUCUUGGAAGACACACUGAGGGGUGGAGGGGGCCAUGCCGCCAUUGGCUGUCUGGUGCCAGCAUGCUCACAUCAGACACCAAUUUUGUACAGAAUAGACAUGAGUAACUCCAGCUUCUAAGGGGUUAAUCUCUUGUAUGUUUCAAAGCGAAACUCUGCACAUACAGACUCCAGGCACAUUGAUCACUUCAAAUCAAUGAAGUGGUGAUGGUGCAAGGAGUGACACUUUAAGAUACAUGAGUGCUAGUCAUUCUUGCUGCUCAGUAAAAUUAAUAAUUUACUAUACUUAAUGCUAAUAUCAUUGAUAUGUAUGUUUUUAUUUACAGAUUCCUGCAAAUCACUGUGACAAGGAUCAAGGCUGCCGUCUUUCCUCAUACGGAUCUGUCCAGCAUAUGUUUGCAUGUCAGAUUUGUCUGCCAAAUGGUGACCCUAUUGGUUGUACAGUUAUUCAGCACUAUGAUUAUCUCUUGCAAUGCUUUUUGAGUGGUCAGCAAUCUAUAAACAGUGCAUCAAGUCCUUCAAGUAACAAUAACCAAAGUUUGGACCUCUCAUGCUCUUCGGCGAGCAACUAUGAUCUAUGUCCAGAUGCGACUCAACAAAGAUUAGAUUUUUGGCAAAAAUCUUUGGGCUUAACAUCUGUCUCAUCAGCAUCUGUGGCUAGCACAACAGCAGAACCCUCUACCUGGGAACUGAGUAGGAAUAAGUGGAAGUCGUUUGCGCACUUCUCAAGUGACACCGGAGAUCAUUUUAAUCGAGCAUCCCAUUCCUUUCAAGAAGAAAUGAAAUCUGACACAUUCAAUAUCUCUAAUACUAGUACACCAAAAAGCAGAUGUGCUAGUCAAGAUGUAAACAUUGCUCCACUGGUUUCCAAAACUAAUAGGAAUAUUAUUGAAUUUAGUCCCUUUUUAUGCACACUAAGAUCUACAGAUUCCCUUUCAACAUCUAAAACUGCUUACAAGCAGGAAAAUGUUGGGCGGAUGUCUUGGAACUCUGUUAAUUGUACGAGCCAAGUCAUUUCCCUUUGCUCUGUUGAUUUGUCUUCCAAGAAAAGUAGCACAGCUGGUACCCAUCAAGAAGAGGGAGAAAUAUGGGAGGAUUUUCUGUUCUCUGAAAGUCUGAGUGAGUUUAUAGCAAAAGUUGAAAAAGAAGAUGCAGAAUGUCAGUUGAGCUUUAGUGCAUGUAAUCAAAACUUGAAUACACUAACAAAUAGUUCUCCCAUCCGGCAUUGCGGUAUCUCUACAAAUAAUGGGUCAAACACAAGUGUGAACGAGAAAAUUCCAUUUACGUCUAGCAACUUAUCUAACCUAUCAAAAAAGGAUGAGAGUUUGUCCUUUGUCUUGAAACCAAGAUGUCCAAUUGCUGCACAACAAAGUCAUUUUUUAGGACAAGAAGAUAAGCUUUAUUCACCUGUGAGAGAUCAUCUCUCUAUAGCCACCAAGGAAAAUUUGUUAACACAAGCAUUGUGCUUCAACCCGAAUGACAACACAAGCUUAACUAGGGGGGGAAAAUUAAACCGAAAUAGAUUUGGUUUAUCAGUACAGCAUGGCCAUGACAUUCAGCUAAACUGCACACAGUUAUGGGAUUCUGACUCCACUGAACAUCCAUUAGAAGCCAGUGAUGAGAAGUACAGUACUUCCGCAGAUCUUUUUGAAACUAGGGAAAAGAUAGAUGACACUACAGUACGAGGAACUCCUGUAGCAUGCAAUAACUUUGUGGAUAGAGGCUUUGAUGGUAAAAUUAAAGAAACAUGUUUUCCUGUAAAUGUUGUUACUGCUGCAGAAGAAGAUCUGACCCAAACUGGUGUCUUUGUUCCAUGCUUGCAGUCCACUCCGUUAGUGAAACGUAUUUCUGGGUCACAUCUGCUAGGGAUUAACAAAAAACCUUUGAAUGUCUUAUCAGCUAAUAAGACAGGCAUAAUCUUCUCGUCGUGUGGGAUAUCACGAUGUUCGCUGAGAAAUGAUUUGCUAAAGAAAGUGUCUCAAACCUCUUUUUUAGAGAGUAAAUCAAUUCUGUUUCGCACUGUAAGCAAGUCCUCUCUCGCCCUAAAAAGCCCAGCUCUGGGAACUUUUAUUAGUCAUUCUGAUGAAUAUAUCACUCGGCCAUUGAAACAAAUACUCCCUGUGUCUCAAGUCCUUAAUCAGGAAACUCCAAGAGCUGGACCAUCAUUCCAUAGAAGAACACAUACUGCAUUUAAAGCUGCUAAAAUUAAAUUUCUUUCAGUAGAUAAAGAGAACACUAAUGACCAAAAAGAUCUGUUUAGCAAUGAAAUAAAGAGUGCGUUUGAAAAACUUAAUUAUAAAACGGUAAGGAACAAUGAAAUGAAUGGAUUUCUAAAUAAUUCUUUGGACUUAUCACCUAUUAACUGCCUACCCUUUCCCAUUGUGGAAGGCACAGAACCAAACCCUUUUCCAAAUGACUGGUCUCCAGAACUAUUUGCUGAAAAAUCAAAUACUUGCCGCCAGGAGGAGAGUUUGCAGAGACGUUUGUUUUAAAAUUUCACUUCUGGUUUUGGAUGAUAAGAUGUGGGGAAGUGGAAUUCUUGUAUAAAAGAAACUACUGAAAAAACAACAACAUUAUUACUGUACGUAAAACACUGCAGGUUGGAUUUAACCACAUUUUAAUGAAAUAUAUAAUUUAUUUUGACUUUUUUGUUCUGAUAUUCAACCAAUCCUUGCCCUCUCAUUAUGAUUAAUGGAAGAGCUAAGCAUAUAACAUAAACUGCUGGCCAGCAAAACAGUCGAUGGAAGCUGUUGCUAACUUUUUAAAACUUUAUCACUGAUUUCCAUUGCUGCUUUUUUAUGAAUUGAGCUAGACUUGUACACUUUGCUGUCUUCAUACAUGUUUAGAAGAAUGGGACAGGGGACCUCCUUCCACACUAUCUUAACAAAGUUGUUUUGGUGCUUAGAGUGUUCCUUAUAUAUAAUAUAAUUCCUUAUAUAUAAUCCUUAUAUAAUCCUUAUAUAUAAUAUAAUCGUACAGAUUUGAAAGGGAAAAUUUAGGCACCAUAACAACUUCAUCUAGAUUAAGUUGUUAUGGUGCUCGACCAGUUUAACCCCAAAGUAAGCAUCUAGCACCAAUCCUCAUGUCUUCCAGGCGGCUUCUGAAUAUCACUUUCAGGAAGCAUGGAGUGCCGCCUGGCAGGGGCAGCACUGAUUGGUACCCCAAUCACUCUCCAUUCAUAAAACUGGCUUGAAAAAUAUAUUUUUCUUUUCAAGCCAGUUUUAUGAAUGGGAAGUCACUGAUUGGCUGUUAGUGUCAACUGACCGCUCUCAGCCAAUAAACAGUGCCUCUGUCUGGCAGAAGUCUGUGCUUCCUGAAACUGAAACUGUGCUUCCUGAAAUUCAGAAGCCGGGUGCUGCCUGGGGCACCUGAGGAUCUGCGCUGGAGGCUCACUUUGGGGUUCGAGAACAGUUUAACCCCUUAAAGAGACACAAUAGGCACCCAGCUUCAGCUCAUUGAAGUGGUAUGGUUGCUGUGUCCCUGUCACACUUAGUCCUGCAAUGUAAAACAUUGCAGGUUUAGAGAAACUGCAGUGUUUACAUUGCAACACUAAGACAGCCACCAGAGGUGCUUCGGCGAUAUUACUGGGGUUUAGGUCGCGUGACACUGAACAUCCUCCUGCUUUGCCUGAAGACAUCCAGCGUCGGUUAAAUCCCCAUAGGAAAGACGUCGGAGGAGGCGGAUUGAUGACCCAGAGCAUAGGGACGUCACUCUGGAAUAGGUUAAGUGUUAAAAGUUUUUUUUUUAAGGAAUACAGAUUUGUAUUCCUAGCACUAAAGUAUCCCUUUAACCCCUUAAGGACCAAACUUCUGGAAUAAAAGGGAAUCAUGACAUGUCACACAUGUCAUGUGUCCCUAAGGGGUUAAGGCAAGAGUGCACUCUGGGCCUCCUGGCACAAUAAUAACUGCAUUUACAUGAAGUUGUUUUGGUGAGUGGAGUGCUCCUUUAAAAUGUCUUAAGCUCCAAGAUCAAUGGACUUCCUAACAGAUAUGGUAAAAUAAAAUGUGCCACAAAUGUUGAAUGAUUUGCAGUAUUAAGACUAAAUGACCAGGUAACUACCAUUAUUACCAACAGACUUCCAGUCAGGUCAAAGCCAGAACUCCUCUUCCAGAUGCACAAAAGACUAAUUUCUGGGAGUUGUAGUUCAGCUGACACCUUUGUACAGCAGAAUGUUGGUAAUUGAACUAUAACGCCCAAAAGCCACUGCACUGCCAUAAACCACUGAUUAUGGCAUAGCUCAGCAUUGUUACAAAAAGUAUUGUAAGCAAUACUUCCUAGUUUGGUAAGAGCUCAUUGCAAAUCCCGGACAGCCUGAAAUUUCAAACGUGUGUAUCGUCUAUAUUUUCCACUUUAAUGUUAUAUUGGUUUUUCUUUAUAAUCCAUUACAAACUGUAUUGGACAAAUCCAACCUGAUGUGUCAGUUUAUCUAGUACCCCAACCUGACUAGAAAUAGACAAUGGGGUAAACCACACAAAGAGGGUUUUUCACUGAAGUGAGAAUUUAAAGGACCACUAUAGUGCCAGGAAAACAUACUCGUUUUCCUGGCACUAUAGUGCCCUGAGGGUGCCCCCACCCUCAGGGUCCCCCUCCCGCCCCGCUCUGGAAGGGGGAAAGGGGUUAAAACUUACCUUUUUCCAGCGCUGGGCGGGGAGCUCUCCUCCUCCGAUCCUCCUCUUCUCCUCCCCGUCGGCUGAAUGCGUACGCGCGGCAAGAGCUGCGCGCGCAUUCAGCCAGUCGAAUAGGAAAGCAUUUGAAAUGCUUUCCUAUGGACGCUGGCGUGCUCUCACUGUGAAAAUCACAGUGAGAAGCACGCAAGCGCCUCUAGCGGCUGUCAAUGAGAGUUUCUCUGAAACUGCUAUGUUUAUUAAAAAAUGGGUUAACCCUAGCUGGACCUGGCACCCAGACCACUUCAUUAAGCUGAAGUGGUCUGGGUGCCUAGAGUGGUCCUUUAAAGUGAAUUUCAAAUUGAAGGCCAGAGUAUCCGACCUGAAAACACAAGAAUUUUUCCAGUUUGGCUAUUUCGAUAUUCUAUUUGAAAUUCACUUUGAAUUCUCACUUCAGUGAAUAACCCGAAAAGACGAAUAUGCCUCUGGCUCUCUAAGUAACAGAUAAUUUACGGACAUAUUUGCAUUUUGCUUAAAACACUGUCCAAGAUGUUUUAGUACUUGUUUUCUUGAAUUUAUUUUGUGAAGAAUGCUGUACGUUUUCUUACUGCAAAGCGACCUUGCCUGUUCUUCAGUGAAGCAUUAAGUAUAGUAGGUUGUUCUGGACUUUAUAUCAUUACGGUACGGUCUGACGCACUAAGAUUGUUUAGUUAUAAACAUUUCAUGCGAAUACUAAUGGUAUAGUCCACAUGAACUUCCCAUUGGGCCAGCAGUCUACUCAGAAAUAAAACAGUCUUUAUCAUAUGAUUUUAGCACCUUACUGGACAGUAAACACAUCGGCGAAUGGUUGUAAAACGUGUACUGCCUGGCAAGUGAAACUGACUGCACUGCUAAUGAUUUAUUACGUGUUUCUGCGCUGCUAAUGAAUUAUCAUGGGUUUCUGCACUUUACCUUUUUGUCUGGUCAUAGUUUGGGUACCUUUAACAACUAGAAGCUGUUUCUCUCCCCUCUAGGCAAAAUAAAUUAAAUGUUUUUAAAAUUACUUAAAAUACACUGUAAGAAUUAUUAGUUACUUAUAUUCUUGGUGAUCUGCAAGAAAAAAAUUAUUUGUAACAAUCCUGUACUCUAGAUACUCCUCAUCGGUGGUAGGAUAAAAUAUUGUGUUUGCUUUACAGAAACAACUGUUUAACAAACAGCUAAUAAAUUAUUGUGAAGCCACUGCUUGGAUUGGAGUUUUAUAAACCGUUUAGUCAAGAUGCAACUGAUGAGCUGACGCUCUCCGCCAAUAAUCUGAC